UGUAUAGAAAAGCAGCUCACAAGUGUCUCGGCUCUCAGAGGAGGCUGAGCUUCUGAGAGGACUUGUCUGAGAGUGGACCCAGCCAUCUGUUUGUCCAUCCGACAUGGAACCGAAGAGGAUCCGGGAGGGCUACCUUGUGAAAAGGGGGAGUGUGUUCAACACCUGGAAACCCAUGUGGGUUGUAUUAUUAGAAGAUGGAAUUGAAUUCUACAAGAAGAAAAGUGACAACAGCCCCAAAGGAAUGAUUCCCCUGAAAGGAAGCACUCUGACUAGCCCUUGUCAGGACUUCGGCAAAAGGAUGUUUGUGUUUAAGAUCACUACAACCAAACAGCAGGACCACUUCUUCCAGGCAGCCUUCCUGGAAGAGAGAGAUGGCUGGGUUCGGGACAUCAAGAAGGCCAUCAAGUGCAUUGAAGGAGGCCAGAAGUUUGCGAGGAAAUCUACCAGGAGAUCUAUCCGACUUCCAGAAACCAUUGACUUAGGUGCUCUGUAUUUGUCCAUGAAAGACACAGAAAAAGGAAUAAAAGAACUGAACCUCGAGAAGGACAAGAAGAUUUUUAAUCACUGCUUCACAGGUAACUGUGUCAUCGACUGGCUGGUUUCCAACAAGUCCGUUAGGAAUCGCCCGGAAGGCCUCAUGAUCGCCUCCUCACUGCUCAACGAAGGGUACCUGCAGCCUGCCGGGGACCUGUCCAAAAGUGCCGUGGAUGGGACAGCCGAGAACUCUUUCCUGGACAACCCUGAUGCCUUCUACUACUUUCCAGACAGUGGGUUCUUCUGUGAAGAGAAUUCCAGUGACGAUGAUAUAAUUCUGAAGGAAGAAUUCAGAGGGGUCAUUAUCAAGCAGGGAUGUUUACUGAAGCAGGGGCAUAGGAGGAAAAACUGGAAAGUGAGGAAGUUCAUUCUGAGAGAAGACCCUGCGUAUCUGCACUACUAUGACCCUGCUGGGGGGGAAGAUCCCCUGGGAGCCAUUCAUCUGAGAGGCUGUGUGGUGACUUCAGUGGAGGGCAACCCCGAUGGUAAGAAGAGUGAAGAAGAGAACCUCUUUGAUAUCAUCACGGCUGAUGAAGUUCAUUAUUUCUUGCAAGCGGCCACCCCUAAGGAGCGCACCGAGUGGAUCAAAGCCAUCCAGGUGGCUUCCCGGACUGGAAAGUGAGGACACAUCUGCAGCUCCUCGUCACCCUCCUGAGGGGACCCCACGGAUAAGCUUGGUCCAGGAUCUAGUCACUUCUGGUGACACAUCAACAAGAAAGGGCUCGGGGUUGGGAACUUUCCAUCUGCGGGGUUCUAAAUGUAACUAACCACAUGCCACGUGAUGCUCACCUGCACCCCACCACCUGGCUCACUGAAGUCUCUCUGCCACUGUCCGUGUCCCCCACGCAGAUACAGCAAGCUAUAUGGGGUUGGUACACUGCUUGAUCUCUCCAGGCCUCAGGUUCCUCUUCUGGAAAAUGAAGUGGGACCCUUGAGGUCCUCCCUAGCUUAAAACCAAAGAGCCCUGUGAUUCAAACACCCACACAGGUGUUUCAUGCAACUGGUAUUCCUUCUUGGCUAAAGUUUGGCCUUCAGAACCGGAGACAACUCUUCCAUUUAUAGUUGUUUCAAUCUGUACUAAAAGGAGUGGUAUAAACCUCUUUUGCUCUUUCUUGCCUUUGGCCACAAGAUUAUGUACCAAAAUGAAGGAGACCUCUUUUCUUCCUUCCUCCCUCCACCCAGAAACUUCCUGAGAGCAAGCAGUGCAAUGUGGCUUUCGGGUUGAAGCCUUUUUUCACUUACCAUAACCUGGAAAGUCAUCUGUCUCCUGAGAAAAGGGCCCGAGGAAGCAGGAGGAGCCGAGGUCUUUUCCAUGCCUCGACGCCACUCCAGGGAGGUGUAUUCCACUCCCACUUGAGGCUCAUCUGAGAGGGUCGUUGUUGCUUGCAGGAGCCUUUCUCUAUCGUUUAUUAUAAUUGGGAUGGAGAACUCCAAAUCUUCAAGAUAGUUUCAUUUGAGUGUUUGCAAAAAAAUAAAUUUAGUCAUAUGGGUUCCCUUAAUGGGUUCUCCCCACCGGUGAGGGGCCUGGAUAGCUGCCUGGCUAAUGUGUGCCCCUAACCCCAGCUCUGGAAGGUGCAGGGGCCAGACCAGGCAGGUGGACUGGAUGAUGGGUUCAUCCAAAGACAGCACUGAAGAGACCUAAGUCUAGACAGAGCUAGUGGGAGUGCUUGAGCUCUAAGCAUAAACUGUAGCAGCUCCUGCUUGGCCUCCAAGGAACCGCAUGAACCCGUUUGCAACCAGACUAACCUGACCUAGAUUCAAAUUGGGUGCCUGUUUCCAAUCUUUUAUCAUGUCUACUAACCAGUGAUUAUCAUCCAAAACUGAGAAAUAAAGCAGGGAUGAGUGUGACGGUGUAUUUCCCAAUUUCAGAUUUUUAAUUUUAAGGCCCCGGUGAGGAAAGGAGAGUAGACAACUCUUCCCGAUUUCAUCAACUCUCUUCCCUCCCCCAAUUCCACACAAUAUCCGUGAGGCUAUUUCUACUCCCAGGUCACUUUAGCAGCGCCCUUCAUGUAAAGACCGCCCUUUUUCUACAUGCACAGUCGUUUUUCUACUUUCAGUGUCAAAAGUAUUUAUUAAUAUGGAGUCCACUUUACAUCUUCAAAUAAACGUGACUGCUCAGUGUCUUUACGACGUGAUGGCUC